GAACAGUCGACCCCUAUUCUGAUUUGAUGCUCGAUGGGCCGAUAAUCCGGAAGUUCGAGCCAUGGUCGCGUAUGUUUGGCAAGAAUCCAUAUAUGGCACUCGAAUGUACCAAUUAUGGGAGAAGCUUAAAAAACUUCACCAUCUGCUCUAUGACUGGAGCAGGGCGGGUAUGACCAACUCUCUCCGCAAUAUUAGAACUCUCCAGGCUGAAAUUGAUCGCAUCAAAUCAAUUCACCCCAUCAAUUGGGAAGAGGUGUGGAGUCUAGAAAUUGGACUUAAUAGGCAAUGGGAGGCGGACAUUGCCAGUAAUUUCUACCAGCAUCUCUUCACUUCGGAAAGCCAAGUGCAUAACAUGGUUGAUAGGGUGGCUGACCUUCCCAUUGCUCACAGUGUGAUCCAGGAAAUGAACACCAUGCUUACGGCGGAGGUUUUACCCGAUGAGGUUAUAAAAACGGUCUUCUCCAUGGGAUCGAAACAGGCUCCAGGAUCUGUUGGUUUCACUGGAAAGUUUUUCAAGUCCUUCUGGGAUAUUGUUGGCAACGCGAUAAUUGAAGCAGUUUGCUCGUUCUUCGCAACGAGCAAGAUGCUCAGGAGCUUUAAUCAUACGUGGUUGACAUUAAUUCCCAAAGUGGAUAAUGUUGAGGAUAUGAGACAACUCCAUCCUAUUAGAAUUUGCUAGUUUGUUUACAAAAUCAUCACGAAAAUCAUGGCUGAAAGACUGCCGGGCAUCUUACCUCAAAUUGUCUCCAAAAGGCAGAAUGCCUUCAUCCGUGAUAGACAAAUCAUUGAUAAUAUCCUCAUUGGGCACGAAUUAAUGCACUAUUUAAAAACCAAAACCUGUGGUAAGAAAGGGUACAUGGCUCAAAAGGUUCACAUGGAAAAGGCCUAUGAUAGAGUCGAAUGGUCUUUCCUGCUUGCGGUAUUGGAAAAAAUGGGUUUUAACUCCACCUGGAUGGGAUGGAUUAUGGAAUGCCUACAAUCCACGUCGUUCCAUUCUCAUGAACGACACUCCUGCUGGCUUCUUCGCUCCCUCUAGGGGGCUCCGACAAGGUGAUCCCCUGUCCCCGCUAUUAUUUGUUCUCUGCACGGAGGGCUUUGCAUAUCUCAUCAGUAAAGAAAUCGGGGACAAAAAAACUUGAAGGGGUGAAGGUGGCCCCUCGUGCUCCUCGGAUCUCUCAUAUGUUUUUUUGCGGCUGACUCGUAUUUAUUCCUUCGAGGCUCCCUGCAAGAGUGUGAGAACUUAAUCGUUGUAUUAAAUGAGUAGGAGGAGCUGAGUGGCCAGAGGGUGAAUUUAGUGAAAUCGCUUGUUUGCUUCAAUAAGAAUAUUUCCUUGCCUGGUCAAGAAUUAUUGGCUCAGGUCCUGGGAUUCGGGGUGUGGGGAUCCACGAUAAAUAUUUAGGGCUACCCAUGCUGGUCGCUCGGUCCAAAAUGGAUACCUUCCGUUAUUUGGAGGGCAAAUUGCUUAAGCGACUACAGGGAUGGAAGCGUCGGACAUUGUCUUGGGCGGCAAAGGAAACUUUGAUUAAGUCUAUUGCUUUAGCCUUGCCGUUACAAGUCAUGUCAUGCUUCAAAUUACCCCUAUCCCUAUGUCGGCUCUUAGACAAACAUGUGGCACGCUUUUGGUGGGGUGUGGAAGAAGGCCAAUCCAGAAUUUGGUGGAUAUCCUGGCGCAAUAUGUGUAAGAGUAAACAUGAUGGGGGUAUGGGAUUUCGCCGAUUUGAGCAUUUUAAUAAGGCAUUAUUAGCCAAAACUGGAUGGCAUGUCCUUCAUAAGCCCCAGUCAUUGUUGGCCCGGGUCUACAAAGGGAAGUAAUUUCCAGCAGGGUCCUUCCUCGGUGCUAAGGCUCGCUCUCGCCCGUCGUGGGGUUGGCAGAGUAUCCUCCAUGGACGACAGUUAUUAGAAGCAGGUGUGAGAUGACAAAUUGGUAAUGGCCACACUGCUCCUCUGCUUAAUUCCAACUGUAUUCCUCGGAUACAUCCCUGUUCUCCUACAUAUAAUCCGCAGGUGCUGCCGGUCGAGGGUGACCCUCCAAUUUCUGAAGUUAUUCGUCCGAGGGAAGGGCGUUAGUGUGACAUAAAAUUAGUCAGUGGUUUGAUCCUCCUACCAGUCGUGCUAUUAAGGAUAUCCCCCUUCCGUGUCGAAAUAUGGAGGAUAGACUGCUCUGGCAUGGCACGCCUGAUGGGGUUUUCACUAUUAAGUCAGCUUACCAUUUUGCUAUCUCUCUUGAUCAGCGGAAUGGUAGUUGGGGGUCUAUGGCCAGUUGGAUGGAUAGGUCAAGCUGGAUACGUUUAUGGGAGGCGAAUAUUCCGCCCAAAUUGAAAGUAUUUGUCUGGCAAAUUUUUCAUCGAGUCCUUCCUACUACUGAGGCCUUAAUUGAGAAGGAUAUCCAUGUGCUUCCCAGGUGCCCGGUGUGUUGGGCGGAGACUGAAACAAUAGAACACUUGUUUCUUG